AUGGAGAGCGGCGGCCACGACGCCGAGGCGCGUGGCCGCGUCCACCUACGCGCCGACUCGCUGCGCGACGCCGCCCCCGCCGCGCUGCACCUGCUGCCCUGCGAGGUCCCGACCAGCCGGCCCGCCCCGGUGGCGCGCUUCUUCACGCCGGCCAUCCGCCCGGGCCCGGACGGGCUCCAGGCGUCGUUCCGGGGCCGCGGCCUGCGGGGCGAGGAGGUGGCGGUGCCGCCCGGCUUCGUGGGGUACGUGAUGGAGAUGGAAGACAAGGGAGCGGCGCUCGGGGCGCGGGGCUCCCCGCAGGACUCGGGGAAGGAGCCCGCGGAGGAGGAGCUGGAGCGCAACUUCGACCGCGUCCUCGGAGCCACCGCGUGUUUCAGUAGCUUCACCCUGUGGGGGCUGGAGACGGUCCCCGGGCCCGACGCCAAAGUGCGAGGCGCCCUGAGCUGGCCCAGCCUCGCCGCCGCGAUCCACGCGCCGGUAUCCGACGACUGAGCAGCGCAGCUUGGAGGUUUACCCCGGGGUAAACUCUUCCUUCACUUUGGAGCCCCGAUCCCGGCACUCAAUAAACGAGCUUCACAGCAA